UAGAGAGACUAGAGAGAGAGAGAUCCUUGGGGCUUUGGUGGUGGCUAUUUAAUAGCAGCUCUCUCUCUCUCUCUCUCUCUCAUUUCAUUAUCUGGGAAAAAGCGAGAGAGAUUCCAUAGAAUCGAACUUUUAGGGCCACGCCAGAGCGAGAGAGAGAAAUUAGGAAUCGAAUCUGGAGAUUUUAUUAGAGGAACUUUACUUAGGGUUUGUGAUAUUCGUAGUGCGAUAAUCAAGGGAAUGUUGGAUUAGAAAUCAAUUUUGCGAGAGUCGUGCUCAUCAAUUUUGUUAUUAAUGGCUGAUAGAAGACUUGGUUAUCGCUCCAUGAGUCGCAGAGGUCGUCCUAAAAUGCAGUCUGGAACUUGUAAUGUCUGCUCUGCUCCUUGUUCAUCUUGUAUGCACCGUAAUGCGGGCUUUACUGGUUCAAAGUCGGAUGAGUCAUCAUCAGAUGAAAAUUCCCAUGGUGUACUGGCGAGCGAGUGUUCUUUCAACGAGCGUUCUUAUGGGGUUAAUGCUCUCGGCAACACUGCAAGUGAAGCGAGGAAUCUGGUUAAUUCCAAUCAUGAUACUUCUUCAUCUGAGAAUGCUGAGAGUAAGGAAAUUAUAAGAUCUUCUGAUAGAUCCCAUGGCUCACUUUUAGAUGGGUCUCGCAAAGAUCAAGAUUCCAUGAAGUUGGAUACAUGUAAUGACCAUAAGGCCAAAAACAUUCUAGGUCAGGGAAAAGUCAAGGAAAAGUCAGGAGCAAAGAGUAACAAAGACAACAAGAACAAUUCUUUAAUUGAGAGUUCUACGCGUUCAGGACCAAUGGUUAGGAAGUCGGGAGAAAAUGUUCCCUCCAAUAAGGCAGACGAGUCGAACACAUCAGCCAUGUCUGAGAGUGAGAGUGAGGGUGUUGAUUCUGAAAUGCUGGAACUUGAUGUAAAAGUAUGUGAUACUUGCGGAGAUGCGGGUCGUGAAGAUUUACUUGCUAUCUGCAGCAGAUGCAGUGAUGGUGCAGAACACACCUAUUGCAUGCGAGUAAUGCUUAAAAAAGUUCCUAAGGGUGAUUGGCUUUGUGAAGAAUGCAAGUUUGCUGAGGAAGCAGAAAAGAAGAAGCUAGAAACCAAGGCAAAAAGAGAAAGUGCAGUAAAUUUGAAUACACAAAGCUCCAGCAAAAGGCACAUGGACAAAUUUGAGGCAGCUCCAGAUUCUAAAAGAUUGGCGGUUGAGGCUCCAACAGGGUCACCCAAGAGAUCUGUUCUUCCCAGAUCGUCCGCUUUAUCCCGAGAAACGUCAUUUAAGGGAUUAGAGAAGCCAACGAGAAAGCUAGCUCAUCACUCAUCUUUCAACAGCCACUCCAGUGAUGACUCAGAAAGCACACGAUCUCCUGACUCGCAGCUACGGUCCCCUAAAGGUUCAUUUUUCAAGUCCAAUUCGUUUAAUUCUUCGAGCUCUAGACCAAAAGUGAGAACAGUGGAUGAUGUUAUGCUUCCCCGACAGAAGACUGGGAAAGACAAUUCUUCUCUUGAUUUAAAAGAAGGAUUUUCUAGAAAUGUAGGCAAAUCAAUGUCAAGUAGAUGUAUAGACGUAGGGAGCUCUAGUUGUUAUGACUCAAAAGUUAAUGGUACAAAGCAACUGAAAGAUCGGAGCAUAGAAGCUAACCCUUCAGCAUCCACAAUCGAUCAGAAACUAAUUUCACGUGGCCGUUCGUCCAGUUCAUAUGCAAAAAGUCCCCGUGAUUUGAAGGAUUUGGAGUCUGAUGGUCAACAAGGUAGCUUGACAAAGCAAGCCAGACAUCUAAGUCGAAAUCGUCUAGAAGAUAUAGUUGCUUCUGUGGGAGAUUCAUCUACGAAUGAAAAGUGCAGUUCAAGUGAAGCGAAAUGUAAAAAUGAACUGGCAAAUGUAGAUGGUUUACUCCGGCCUAGGGAAGUCAGAGAGGCGGGGGAGAAAAGCAAAGAUGCUGCUGGUAAUCACCAAACGCUAAAUAUUAGAGAGGAUAUUAAUAAGGGCAAUAGGUUGCGAGCAGCGGUUGAUGCUGCUUUGCGUAAAAAACCCAACUUUGGCAAAAGCAGAGGGUUGGAGCAAUCUGAUUUGCCUUCAGUGUCUAAUGUGGAUUCUGGUUGUGAUAAGGCUUUAAGAAAUAUGUCGUCAAAGGUGCCGGUCAUAAGGGACUGGCCUGUGGGAUUCAAAGGAUUGCCAGGAGGGCAUCCAAAUUUAGGGACAGACAAGCAGACAAUUGCAGUAAAUGGAACGCAGUCACUCCCUGGUGCUGAUGCAAUGGCUGCUUCCCUAUCUGUUGUACCCGAAGUUCAUGUUCCUUCUAUAAAACCUGUCAUGAGAGAUUUUCCUGUUGCUGCCCCAGCUGUUCUGUCGACAACCUCAGCCAUCCCAGAGCCUGAGUACAUUUGGCAAGGAGACUUGGAGGUCGAGAAAAGCAGAAAUUUAUCAAGAAUGCAUAACGGAAUGCAAGCAUACCUUUCAACCUUAGCAUCACCUAAGGUUGUUGAAGUGGUGAACCAAUUUCCUGUAAUACUUACCUUGAAUGAAGUACCCAGGCUCAGUGCAUGGCCUGCACAAUUUCAAGAUCUAGGUGCUAAGGAACAGCAUGUGGCUCUUUUCUUCUUUGCCAAGGACAUUGAGAGUUAUGAGAAAAAUUAUAAGCCCUUGGUAGACAACAUGAUCCAGAAAGAUUUGGCCCUAAAGGGAAACCUCGAGGGUGUUGAGCUUUUGGUUUUUGCCUCCAACCAGCUUCCUCGGGAUUGCCAGCGCUGGAACAUGUUAUAUUUCCUUUGGGGUGUAUUCCGAGGAAGAAAUCAGAGUUGCUCUAAUCCACUCAAGAGCACACCUCUUCCGGCGUCUUGUGUUUUGCCAAAUAUGGGGAAAGCUUCUUCUUCUCGUGAGACUUUUCACCAUGAGAAUCCAAGCAACAGAGAGUCUUUGACUGAUCGCACAUCGAGCAGAAUGCAAUUGUGCAUGGAGGAAGAGAAUGCGAAAGAGGGUAAAGUGUGCAGUGCCAUUCAAAAUGAGAAGGCAUUAUCUGUAUCAUAUAAAGAUUGCGGAGCGGAUGAAGAAACCGAGGAAGGAGAGAUAGGUCCUAGUCCACACUUGAAGGAUGAGAAGACGUCAGGGCCUAGGACAGUGAAUUCCUCGGAUAUGAACCAGAAAGUGGAUUUGGAUGAUCUCAAUAAAGAAAGGUUGUGUGACGGUCCAUUGAAUAAAAAGCUGAAGACAGUUACAGGAGUAGAAACUGGAUGUAGCAUUUUCAGGAGGGAUACAUUUGGCAAUGAAUUUGCUUCAAGAAAAUCUUGUGCUGGUCCCUGCGAGGAGGAGAAAAAGAUCAUCAAUAAGAAUCCUGAUGCAACGGAAAGGAUUGUGUUCCCUUUAGUUCUGAAUGAUGAUGAUGAAAUGAUAGACAGUAAUCCCAGAGCACUUGGCAGUGACAACAACAACAAAUGGAGAAAGAAAACUACACCGAGCAUGACCACGAUGACAGGAGUUGUAUUGCCUUCCGUGGCUGGUACAACCUCCAUUGAAGAACACAGAAGUAGCAGUAGUCAAAAGCCACAAGAUAAGAUGGUGAAUCAAGAAGGUGAUGCAGCAUCUCUCUCGCUCUCAUUGUCCUUGUCAUCCAUAGAAAAGGAACGACAACAACAACAACAACAGCAACAGCAGAAUCAGAGAUCAGUGUCUAGAUGGGAACACAGGAAGAAGCAGAAUGUGAAUACUCCUAUGUGACUUAGCUGACAAAUCCUCAUAUGGAAACUUAUCUUAGAAAAUAACCACGAAAGUUGUCUUUUAUUUUGGUCCUUUGGUAUCAUGAAGAAGACCCAACUCACAGCUUUGUUGUACAUAUAAAAGCGAUGGGCAAAAAAAAACAGAUGACAAGAUGUUAGCGUUGGUUGACUUGACUGAUCUGCUUAACCUGACUAGUGACUACUACUGUAUUUCUAAUUUUUCUCGUAGUGGCAUAAAUUAGCAAAUCACAAA